UUAGGUUUGACAAUAAGAACUCUCAUAAAACCGUAAAAUGUCUAAUACUGCUGUAAGGGGGCUUAACAACGGUUAGUUCAUUGGCUGUAUGUAAAAGAACCGGGUUAACUUAUUUUUACUAAUGGUUACAAGGUUGACAUAUGUUUUUCCUGCAGAUUGAGAUUUUAGAUAUACAUGUAAGACGUGUCCUUUGUGGCUCUGAAUGAUAUUGACAUAUAAGUAAUGAUGUUACUCCUGUAGGUGUGAAGCUUGGUGUAGGUAACAUGGAUUAUUCGAUGAAUUAGUAGCAUGUUUAUAACGGAGGACAUUGGCGAACCUGGCAGCGAGGACGAUGGAAGACUACCUUUUAUUGGUAGAUUCCGGGAACGCGAGGAAAUAAAGACAUGCUUUAAGAAAAGAAAAAAUCGUAUUGUACAGAUAUCCGGUGCACCAUGUAUUGGUAAACAGAGACUAAUCCAACAGAUUUGUGAAGAAUUAGACGACGAAAAUGAAAAGGAAAAAAAUAGUAAUCUUCAUAUUGGACAAAUUUCAUGUAAAUAUAUACGUUCAUGGGAGAACUUUUUAGAACAUGUAAUCGAUUCACUGCCAGAAGAUGGGUUUUCUGAAUCCGCAAAACUCAGUGAAAACCAAAUAAUCCGAGUUAUCAAAUCUCACACAAAACCGAACAAUUAUGUGCUUUUGACGUUUACAAAGCUUGAUAAUUUUAUAUUUGACAAAGAAAUCAAUGUAGCAUUGGAAAAGUUUUCGGAUAUGUGUUCUAAAAUCUUACGGUGCUCAUCGAAUACCUUCUUGUUGUUAAGUAGUGAAAUACGUUUGAAUAUAAAUGUGGGUUAUAAAGUACGUUAUGUUUCCCUUCUCAGAUUACCAGAACCGGAAGCUAUAUCGUUAUUGCGUAAAGCAGCUCCAGAUACAGAUUUCGCAGAUACAGAAAGAGAAAUAGUGAAUGGGUGUCACUGUACUCCUGGUUUGGUCUUAGAAGCAGCCAGUAUUUUAAUGCACCCAGACUACAUAAUCAAACCUAAAUACUUAGCUAACUUACUCUGCGACCCAAAAAAUGCAUUAGAUUUGUUCUCAUCCAAUUUAGUAGCUCAGAACGAACACUUGAGAGUGAAAGUACAAAAGCUUCUGGAAAGACUUCCAUCCAGUCUGCAAUCAUCAGUUCACGAUUUAACGUUGCUCCAGGGGUCAUUUUCAAAAGAGGCAUUACAAGCUGUCUUAGGUCAUAAAAAGUCAUAUGAAACAACCCUUCAGAUUAUACCUCUGAGAGACUCUUCCGUCCUGGAGUUUGACAAAGAAACCCAUUUGUUUUCGAUGAAUCCAUUACUCAGGGCUUGUAUUGAUGAGAGUCCGAAUUUUUCAACUUCCGAUCUCGUAAGACUGAGAUUUGUUAAGUUUUUUGUUGACCUCAUGGUAACUGUUGACAGUAAAUUGUAUAAAGAUUCUCAUAAAAGUGUAGUAGAAUAUUUCCAUCACGAUUAUGCCAAUAUGAAGCAGCUGUUACAGCAGGCUAUACACUGUACAGAGGAUAUUUUUACAGUUCUGAUGAAAGCAGUCAGUGAAGCUGAAGAGCUUUUCAUCAAAUGUUUUCCUGUAGAGCAAGUCAAAGAUUUUUACAAUCAUCUACUCAAUGCAGCAGAACAAUAUGGGAAACCUGAGGAAAUUUACAUACUCAAAAUGUUUCUGGCCCAAGCAAUGACACAGAUGAAAGUGGAUACAAAUAGACGGGAAGUAACCCAGUUGUUUCAGGAAGCAUUUAAAUCUAUGUCAUGGGACCAUCCAGGGUACCAUCAUAUGACCUUACUUGGAUUUCUGGGAAGAUUUAUAAUACGACAGGGAAAAUAUCAAAAAGGACUAAGAUUUAUACAGUCCGCUAUAAAGAUGAAAGUAGAUGGGAAUACUAGAGUACACAGAAGGCUUAUUGAAUUCCAUGUUCAGAAAGCUUUAGCAGAAGUAUUUAGAGAAAACUUUUCGACAGCAGAAGAAGCAUUAAAUGAAGCAUUGGACCUAGCUCAGAAAGAGGCUCCGUACCAUUCAGCAAUAGCUAUCAUAUUUAAUACAUUUGGACUCAUAAUGGAUAGAUCUGGACGAGAUGAAGACAGGGCUCUUCAGUGGUACAAAUCAUCUCUCGAGGAAAGACGGAAAUUUGCAGAUAUAUCACCGGAAAUACUUGUUGCACCACUAAACAAUAUAGCAAAUCAGAGUGUUAAACGAGGAAAUAAUGGCUAUGCACUAAAACUUACAGAGGAGGCGUUAAAUAUCAGAAGAAAAUGUGGAUGGAAUGAUUAUUACACAGGCCUAACCUUACGUCAGAAAGCAGAAAUAUUCUUAGUACAAGGAAAGCUGACAUCAGCCAUACAAUUAUGUGACGAAGCCUAUAAAAUAUGUGUGGAAUGUACACCGAGACAUUUCUUUUUAAAUGAGAUUAUAUUUCUUCGAUUCCAUUGUCAUCUACCAUCUAAAGACUUGGGAGCCGCAAAAGACGAUUUCAAGAAGAUGAUGAUCGAUAGGAAACGUUAUAGUCAGAACACGGAACGUGGCGAGCAGACGAUGCAUAUCUUAUUUCACGCGCUGUUCCUGUAUGACGAGGAUGAAUGGGAUAAUGCGUAUAACGAGUUGCAGGUUGAGGUGCGUCGACUCAGAGAUUUGGCGUUUAAAUGUAACGAUUUUGACAAAUAUUUGCAUUUGUGUAGUAAGAUCAACGACAUAUCUCAUCUUUUCACUAGUAAGAGGGUAGAUACAAACGAUAUACACAAAAUUAAAUGUCAAGAACUUGUAAGACAGAACUGUAAAUUAUGUCCCCUUAUAAAUGUCGAUUUACUGUCGUGACUAUUGGAAAGUUUUACAUGAUAGAGCUUAAGUAAUCAAAAAUGUUGGUGAGGCUUCUCAUACAAAUUACAAGAAAGGGCUGAAAUAAAAAGACCGAAGGAUGGCUAUGUACAAUAAGUGUAAUACCUUUAUCAUUCUGUAUUAGGAACAAUUACAAUGGUAUUUACAAUUUUGGCACUGUAAACAGGAACAGGGUAGAAUUAUAUAACUAUGUACGGGAUAGUUUGUUGAUUUUGUUGUUUUAAAAAUAAAAAGUAGGAUACAAUCUGGUAAUGUUUAGCACAAAUAUCCCAUACUAUGUUACUGUGCCACCAUAUAGCAUACUACCGUAAAAACAAUUUAUUAGGCUAUUAUGAUCUAAAAAAAAUUAUUCUCUAGUAUUUGAUAACAUUACCCCUCAAAAUAAUUCAAUAAGAUGAACAUAUUCGUAUAAAUAUUGUACCAAAAUAUUUUUUGGUAAGACUAUUGCUUAUAAUAGGAAUAUCUCAAGUUGAGGCAAAUUUGUCCUUUUGCAGUUUUUCCUUAUGUUUAAAGACAUAAGGAAACCUAUGAAAAAUAUUCUUAAUACUCGAAAACAAAGAGUUGUCUUUUUUAUAUAUUUUGUAUACAUUUGUUAUAAAGACUUAUACAUGAAUAACAUACUGCGUGUUUUGUGUUUUGUUUUGUUUUCAAAGUUAUAGUUUGUAUUCGAAGCUAUAAAUUUCAUUUAUUUUAAGUAUUAAAAUGGAUAAAAUAUGAUAUAUAUGUAGUAUAAACAAAGGAGAAGGUCCGGUAAGGGCUAAUUGUGGCCUAAAAUUUGAAAUACAUCUAAUGAAAGAUGUUUAACAUUUUUUAAACACUUAAGUGUCUACUUCAGUCGAUUCAAUUGGUUUUUUGUAAAAGAUUUGAAUUGAUUUGGUCAUUAAAGACGCUCAAAUUCAA